AUGGAUUUGCCAGGAUCAGGCGGGCUCCACUUGUUCCAGGAACGAGACAGCCAUGGAUGGGCUUCUUCUCUGGCCACCUCCAACAUCACACCAACAACAUCCAAAAUGGUUGAGUCCUGCUCCAAGCCUUCCAACUUCGGCCGUGGUGCCUAUGAUACCACUGGCCUCCCCAAGCCUCCUCCUCCCCAGCCUCAGUAA